CUACGCAAAUUAUUCAAACCUCUCCCAAUCAAUCAAACAAUCGGCAACAAUGUCUACUGAGGAGCUUCCGCGGCGAGAGAUCCCGGGAUCGGUCGGGCUCCCCUUCUUCGGCGCCAUAGCCGAUCGCCUAAGCUACUUCUACAGCCAAGGCGAGCUCAAAUUCUUCAAAUCUCGCAUGGAGAAAUACAAAUCCACCGUGUUCCGUUGCAACAUGCCGCCCGGCCCCUUCAUGGCCCGCGAUCCCCGCGUAAUCUGCCUCCUCGACGCCCUCAGCUUCCAAACCCUCUUCGAUACCUCCAAAGUCGAAAAGAGGGACGUCCUCGACGGCACCUUCGUCCCCUCCACCGCCUUCACUGGGGGCUACCGCACCUGCGCCUACCUCGACCCGUCCGAGCCCAACCACGCCCUCCUCAAGCGCUUCUUCCUCUCCCUCCUCGCCAAAAGGCACGACCAGUUCAUCCCCUUGUUCCGCCGCGGCAUGUCCGACCUUUUCUCCACCCUCGAAGACGAGAUCGCCGCGAAUGGAUCGUCUUCCUUCAACGACCUAAACGAUGCGAUGUCGUUCGAGUUCGUUUUCCGCUUGCUCUGCAGGGUGGGCCCGGCCGAGACGAGUCUGGGCUCGGACGGCCCAAAAUCAAUGGACUUAUGGCUCUUCGGCCAGCUCUCGCCCUUGAUGACGCUUGGACUCAAAUUCGUACCUUCCUUUAUUGAAGACAUGUUUCUCCAUAACUUCCCGAUUCCUUUCUUUUUGGUGAAGUCUUACUACGACAAGAUCUACUCCGCCUUCGAAGCGAAUCUCGGGAAGCUUCUGGAGGAAGCGGCUGAGCUCGGGCUGGAACGGGACGAGGCGUGCCAUAACCUCGUGUUCCUGGCCGGGUUCAACGCGUAUGGGGGGAUGAAGGCCGUGUUCCCCGCACUGAUCAAGUGGGUCGGAGCGGGGGGCCCGGGCCUCCACUUGCGCCUCGCGGCAGAGAUCAGGGCGGUGGUGAAGGAGAAAGGUGGCAUCACUGCGGCGGCGUUGGAAGAGAUGCGUUUGACGAAAUCGGCGGUGUAUGAAGCGCUGCGGAUCGAGCCGUCGGUGCCGUAUCAAUACGGGAAGGCGAAGGAGGAUUUCAAGAUUCGGAACCAUGAGAAUACGUUUUUGGUGAAGAAAGGGGAGAUGCUGUUUGGGUACCAGGUGUUGGCGACGAGGGAUCCGAGGAUUUUUGAGAAUCCGGAUGAUUACGUGGCGGAGAGGUUUGUCGGGGAAGAAGGGGAGAAGCUGUUGAGGUAUGUGUACUGGUCGAAUGGGAGGGAGACGGAGGAUCCAACGGUGGACAAUAAGCAGUGCCCGGGGAAGGAUUUGGUGGUGAUGAUGUGCACGUUGAUGUUGGUGGAAUUGUUUUUGAGGUAUGAUACGUUUGAGGUUGAAUCUGGGAAGCUUCUCUUGGGCUCCUCAGUCACGUUCAAGUCGCUCACGAAGCAUGAUCGUUAAUCAUUAUUCAAAUUCAUGCUUUUUUUUUAAUUGUUUGUGUGUUAUUUGAUUGCCGAUUGUAGAUUUUUUCUAUCACUGCUUUAUAUUCUUAGUCAUGUGAAAAAUAAUACUCUCUUCGUCCCAA